AUGGCCGAGCAGUGUCCCCCAGACAGGGCGACGGGCCAGGUGUGCCCCUUCCUGUUCAAGAAGCGGAGAGGGGCCGCGGGCCGCAGGAGGCGCCGGGUCAGCGAGCCCGAGCCCGAGCCCGGAGGCGGCAGCGGCGGUGACGGCGACGAAGGCAGCCCGGUGGUUCGCCGCGAGCCCAAGCGGCCGACCCACGACCCCAUGAUCCAGAAGACCCGGGGCUGCGGCCACCGGAAGGCCUCCUGCGACCCGAGUCGCGAGGAGGAGGAGGAGAACGAGCCCGAGACUCCCCGCGUGGUCUACAAGUCCACCCGCUCCGCGAAACCCGUGGGGCCUGAGGACAUGGGGGCCACUGCGGUCUACGAGCUGGACCCAGAGAAGGAGCGGGGCGCGCAGGCCCUCGCCGAGCGCGGCCCCCGGACCCAGGCGCAGCCGAGGGGCCGGGAGGAUGACGAGAUCUACCGGGGGAUGCGCAGCUACCGGGGCUACGCCAAGCCCACGGCCCCGGGCGCCGGCGCUGCGCCCUGCGGCGCGGCGCGCAAGGGCCCCGUCCGAGCGCCCGAGCACCUGCGUGCCACCGUGCGCUGGGAUUACCAGCCCGACAUCUGUAAGGACUACAAGGAGACGGGCUUCUGCGGCUUCGGGGACAGCUGCAAGUUCCUGCACGACCGCUCCGACUACAAGCACGGCUGGCAGAUCGAGCGGGAGCUUGGCGAGGGGCGCUAUGGCGUCUCCGAGCACGAGAACUAUGAGGUGGGAGGCCAAGGGCAGGAGGUACCACUCAGUUGUUUCAUCUGUCGCCAGACCUUCCAAAACCCGGUGGUCACCAAGUGCAGGCAUUAUUUCUGCGAGAACUGCGCCCUGCAGCAUUUCCGCACCACCCCGCGCUGCUACGUCUGUGACCAGCAGACCAGUGGCGUCUUCAAUCCAGCGAAAGAACUGAUUGCCAAACUGCAGAGGCAUCGAGCCGUCGAAGAGGACGGGAAAGUGACGGAGGGAGAGGCCGGUGGGGAAGCAGGGUCCUGGCGGUGUGGAAGUCUCAAGAUGUCCUGCAGAAAUCUGUAA